AUGGGCCUUGCUAAUGCAUCCACUCGCCAUUCCAUUACAUCUUCUGACAUGCCAAUCAUUCGAAAAACGCAACCGAAGCGUCUGUAUGAAUCGUUUAAUGGUCAUCGUCGACCUAAAAUAGCUGAGGUGACUAAGCUUGGUGAGCUAAGAUCGAAUAAAACUCCUGAUCGUUGUUCAUUCGAUCAAAAAAGCUGGUCAAUUCCAGACACUGGGCCAAAUACCAGUCUCGCCAGAGAUGAGAAAGGCGUCUAUGUAAACCGUCCUCUUCGGCAGCUAUCAGAAUUCAUCCAAACAACUAGCGACUUUAUCGCCUCGACGAAUGCUCGCAUUGACAAUUCUAGGUCGGAAAUGCAAGCAAUUGGUCGUCAUCAUGGCCUUACUAGUUGGUCUACUCCUCAGGCCUCAAGGACACAUAAAGACGGGUCCGGCGACAAAUGGGUCACUUUUGGGCAAAACUCUGCUCAUUCACAAGAAUCUAGGCCUAAGUUUGAUAUUCUCAGAACUCAGCAUACUCACAGAAAGGAGUCACCACGUGUUUUCCCUGAGCCAGGUGAAUCACCAGCCAAGUUAUCCUCAAUAAAUCCCGAUGGCCAUGAUUUGCCAAAGUACAGCAGACCUCCUCCUUGUCGCCUCAAGUCUGGCUCGAAAGAACACACUAAGCCUAUUAAAAGCAGACUGGAAACAGACUAUAGCAUCCUUAAAGGCGGCUCAUCUGAUAAGGAGCCUUCCUUGCGUACAAAGGUUAAUCCCAUUAAAGCAUUAAAAUUGGCCAAUUCAAGGGGCCCGGAUGGCGCGCGGGUUCACCAAUUGCGUCACAUUCUUCUCAAGCACCAUCUAAAACUUUUGCGUGUCAAAGGUGCAUAUGAGAUGCGCAGACGUCUAAUUCAGCAUUUAACGGAGUUGUUGAAGACUAUCGAAGCUGACAGUCACAAAGCGAUUCCUAUUUCACCUGAGGAUUGGGACACAGAUUCUACCUCUCUGUUGGCGGAUCUGUUGAAUGAAGUUGCAUUAGAUUCCGGUGGUGAGCUCUCUGAUAUUCUCGCAUCAAAUUGCCCUUCUCAACCUGUUCCGCUCAAUCCCGGUCCUGAAACUCACCGUUCAGCCUCUUCUACUCGUCACUCCCGCUCCUCUGAUCGCUGCCCUACACUUCUGAAGCAGCAAACCCACUUAUCUCACAGCAAUCCAGUUUCUUUGGGUCGAAUGGGAUCGCCGCUUUUUAUUGAUUCUCCAGCUGUUCAGGAUCUCACAGGGUCGUUAGAUGUGCCCCAUCAUGCUCUCUACAAAUCUUCUUCACCCAGAUCUAAGCAGAGGUCCUGUACAAGAAAGUUUGAAAUAAAAGGUGGUCCAAAGCCCCCAAGAGACCUCAAGAAAGAAGCUUCCAGAUCUUCGCUCUGUCCUGGUCAUUGCCAGGAACGUCCUGCUCACUCUUCCUGUUCUCUUGGAAUAUUUGUUCAGCCGCCACCACCUCAUGAGAUGCCCAGCACCUUGCCUUAUGACGAAGGA